AUGACAGAAGAACAAGAAGUAAAACAGGCACCUACCUCAAUUAUCGGCAAAAUUUUGUUACUUGGAGAUGCAGAAGUUGGGAAAACAUGUCUGCUGACAAGAUAUACGGACGAUAGUUUUUCGACAGAGUACAAAACGACAAUCGGAAUUGACUUCCGAAUAAAGCGCAUGUUUUUGUCGAAUCAAGUGGAAAUGAAGCUUCAGGUCUGGGAUACAGCAGGUCAAGAACGAUUCAGAAACAUAUCCAAGGCUUAUGUGAGGGGGGCAUCAGCGAUUUGUUUGGUGUAUGAUGUCACAAAAUCGAGUACAUUUAAAAACCUACACAACCAUUUAUCCCCUGAAACGGAAAAUCCAGAAGUAGUGAAAUUCAUUGUUGGAAACAAAUGUGAAAAGGAUGAAGAACGGCAGGUGACAUUUGACGAAGGAAAGGCAUUUGCGGAUGAAAAGGGAUACGAGUUUAGGGAAGUUAGCGCUGCCAGUGACACAGGUGUGGAUAAUCUAUUUAUUUCCGUCGCCAAAGCGAUUUACAGACAGAAAAAUCCGGGAUCAAGUCUUGGUUGGACAGGGUCGGCAUCCAAAUUUUUCAGAAAGUGA